AUGUCGGUUGCCUUUGCUUCUGCUCGCCCGAGAGGCAAAGGGGAGGUGACCCAGCAAACUAUCCAGAAGAUGUUAGAUGAAAAUCACCACCUAAUACAAUGUAUUAUGGAUUAUCAGAGCAAGGGGAAAACUGCAGAAUGUACUCAAUACCAACAGAUCUUGCACAGAAACCUUGUUUACCUGGCAACAAUAGCAGAUUCUAACCAGAAUAUGCAGUCCUUGCUUCCUGCUCCACCAACGCAAAACAUAAACUUGGGCCCAGGAGGAAUGACUCAGAGUGCAUCCAACCAGUCUCUUCAUUCACAGAGCAAUCUCAGUGAUGCAAUCGGGACAGGCCUUCCUCCUUCCUCCCUCAUGCAGAGUCAGAUUAGCAAUGGUCCUAAUCACGUGCCUAUGCAGCAGUCAGGCCAGAACACAAUGCCCACAACCUCUCUGAGUAUGAGUGUCAGCAGUCAUGGAACUGGGCCUGGUUAUAGCCAUACAGUGCCUGCAUCUCAGAAUGUGCCAAUGCAAGGCCAGGGGUCGAUAGGCAAUUAUGUCUCUCGAACAAACAUCAACAUGCAGUCUAAUCCAGUCUCCAUGAUGCACCAGCAAGCAGCAACAUCACAUUACAACUCAGCACAAGGAGGGAGCCAGCAUUACCAGGGGCAGUCCUCCAUUGCCAUGAUGAGUCAGAGCAACCAGGGCAACAGCAUGAUGGGUCAGCGACCAAUGGGCCCCUACAGAGCUUCACAGCAAGGUUCCUCACAGCAGUACAUGGGUCAGGAGGAAUAUUACAGUGAACAGUACAGUCAUGGACAAGGCUCUUCAGAACCUAUGAAUCAGCAAUAUUAUCCAGAUGGACAUGGUGAUUAUGCCUAUCAGCAGUCAUCCUAUACUGAGCAGAGCUAUGACAGGUCAUUUGAUGACUCUACACAACACUAUUAUGAAGGAGGAAAUUCUCAGUACAGCCAGCAGCAGGCAGGAUACCAACAGGGAGCUGCACAACAGCAAACAUAUUCCCAGCAGCAAUACCCGAAUCAACAAAGUUACCCAGGACAACAGCAAGGAUAUGGUCCUGCACAAGGAGCAUCUUCACAGUAUUCCAGCUACCAACAGGGACAGGGGCAGCAAUAUGGGAGUUACAGAACUUCUCAGACAGGACCAUCCGCUCAGCAGCAGAGGCCUUAUGGCUACGAGCAGGUAAAUUUGUCUAAAUUUCUGCUAUAAAAAAGCAGAUUUAGCUGUUAGCUCUGCACAUAAAUCUAUCUGGUAUUUUGGUGCAGACAUAUUGAAUGGAUCUUUCAGAAUUUAUAAACCAGCAGAAAAUUAACUCUCUGUUUAUAAAUUUCUGAUAUAUUAUUCUCCGACAUUUAUAUUUCUCUCUCUCUCUCUUUUUUUCCCCUAGGGACAAUAUGGAAAUUACCAGCAAUAAAAGAAUAUGAUCCUGUGUCAGAUUCAUUUCAAUAGUAUUUCCAUCUUUUGAACUGGAUGUACUGGCAGUUUUGAUUAAUUGUAAUAUGUUGGUUACCCCUUAGCACAAAGCAGCGUCUGUAUGUGAACAGUGUUCAUUUCAUGCUGGAUAUGAAGCAGUGCACUACUGGUAACAAGACAAUGCUUUAAUGGUUUGAUAUUUGGUGCUGUGUAUAGUAUUGUAUGUUGAUACAACGCAGAAGUUUUUAAUUUUCCCCCCGUUCUUGAUGUUUCUAAAUAGCUUUAGGAUCAUUCGAUCACAGUUGUGCCCCGUUCUGACAAAAUGCCAGGUUAUUCUGCACUCUAACUAAAUACGAAGCCAUUCAGUCAUAUCUCAGUCCAGGAAAGUGUCCUAUGGUAGGUUAUCGACCUUUUUAAAACUAAAUGCAUUGCAGGUUACCUGCCAGCCUCUGAAAUCCAUGGCUCUUCACUUCUUAAGCAUAAGGAAAAGGUUUCAUUCCUUAUGUGAAGAGUUCCAUGCUAUAAAAAUAAAAUUAACUGCAAUUUCUGCAGUACCUACUGGGCAAACUACCCAGGUCUUAUCAUUCAAUAAUCUGCGUAUGUCCAUUACUUCUGUUGUAAAAGGUACAGAAAGAUGACCAAAACCUAUAUUCAAGGAAAUGUUAAUCACUAGUAGCACCUUUUAUAUAUCCACGUAAA